AUGACGAAGGGGGUUUCGGAGAAGUUCAAAAAAAACAAAAGAACAAAAAGUUUUACAACUUCAAAUUAUUUUUUACUUAGUUUAGUGAUUGUGAAUGACCUCCAGAAUAUAACUAUUGUUCCAAGUAAGAGAAACUCCUUCUGGUCAACUUAUCCUACAACUAAGCAGUAUCAUACUUUUGAAGAGAUGGGAUUAGUUAACUACAAAGGAAUGCAUAUUGGUUGGAUAGAUAGCAAGCAAGCAAAGAGCAAAAUAUGUCUAUCAGAAAUGUCAGAGGUUGAAUAUUCUGCAGAUGAGCAAAAUAUCAAUCCACUAAUAACUGCAAUUGAAGGCAUCACACUAGAUGAAACUAGACAUAUAUUUAUCAAAAAGAAUACAGAUCUGAAACCAUCAUUGUAUAGAGUUGCUUACAAUGUUCUUCAGUUAGGUAAUGAAUUUACAGUUACACAUUAUGCACUCUAUACUUUCAGAGGACAUUCAUACUUCUAUGUUGAUAUUCAUAUUAAAGGGAGAGAUAAACAGCCAACUCUUAUCAGGACACCAGCUGACAGUUCUAUUGGAAAAGCAAUUUCUUAA